CAUUUGUGUAAUGCUCUAUACAGACUUACAAUUGUUAAUGGUUGUUCAUCCAUCAAUCCACUUAUUUAUAUUGACUGCACCGUAGGAAAUAUUUUUUUCCGUUUAUGUUGUUAAAUUUGACAAGAGGUCUCACAAUUCGUGAAAAAAACGUGUUUGUAUAAUGGCGAGGGAAGACAAGGAUAAUAUGUCCGAAACAACUUUGGAGCCAACAGAUGAUGAAAAUCUCAAAUCUUGUUGGGUUUGUUUUGCCACCGAACAUGAUGAUAAACUGGCUGCUUGGGUCCAACCUUGCAAGUGUAUUGGUACAACAAAAUGGGUUCACCAAAGUUGCCUCCAGCGAUGGGUAGAUGAAAAACAGAGAGGCAACAUUAGUAGAAAAGUUCUCUGCCCACAGUGCAAAGUAGAAUACAUAGUGGUUUUCCCAUCUAUGGGAGCAUUUGUGAUUUUGCUGGAUGCUAUAGAAGAUAUCACACGCAGGAUCAGUCCAUUCAUUCUUGGGGGUGUAUUGCUAGGAUCUAUUUACUGGAUUGCUAUUACAUAUGGCGCAGUGACUGUUAUGCAGGUUGUCGGCCAUAGGGAGGGUCUGGAAAUGAUGGAGUCGGCAGACCCUUUGGUACUGCUGGUGCUGUUGCCGACGAUUCCAGUGACCCUCAUCGGCGCCAAGAUGUACAACUGGGAAGACUCUGUGCUAUUCUUCCUCAGGAAGUACUGUGCUAAAAUACCGGCGCUAUCCUAUGUAUUACCAUUCGGCCAUGUUGAUGAAGAGCGAGCAAUUGUCUCCGGGCCAAGUCCGAACAAUGGAUCACAAAACUCAACUUCACAUCUAUCGCCUACGCGAAUAUUUUGUUCAGCCCUACUCGUACCCACAAUUUCAACAAUUAUAGGCAAAAUUUUCUUUCGUUCAAUCAAAAAUAACCUUCAUAGAACGAUUUUAGGCGGCCUCACAUACAUAACAUUAAAAGGCGCGCUUAAAAUAUAUCACAAACAGAUGUUAUACAUUCGCCAAUCCAGUAGAAAAAUCUUAGAUUACACAGAGUCAAAUUUAAAGUUAUAUAGAAAUAUGAAUCAAGGGCAAUCCGAUUCUGUGGCGAGAGACGAUUCGGAACAAGUAGUCUGAAUAUCUUUGGGAUUGGCAGAUGGGCAACUGUCAAAGUGACAUUUAAAAGACGAUCUAGAAAAAGUGUUCGAAAGCGAAGUUGUCACUUGUACAUAAUGCAAGUGAAAGAUAACAUUAUUUUAGUUACGCUUUAUAUUUAUUUGACUAUGUUAUCUGUAUAUUAUAUGAAAAUAAUGUGGCACGAGUAAACAAUUAUACUAUAAUAACUGAAAUCCUAAUACAUUCUUAGUUUUUUUUUUCAUAUUUUAUUGUGAUCUUUGUAAUUAAUAGCAUAGCGAAAAGGUUUUGUGUAAAAAUGUUUUUCUUUUUUCUAGCCAUAAAGUAAAUUUUGUAAAUAUUUUUAAAUCUGGCAACUACGUCUUUUGUCCGCUUUGAAGUUGUCUAACGGGUGUGUGAUAUUUGAUUAACUGUAUAAUUCAAUAUUUAGCCGUAAACGUAUAAAAGCUUUUUCAUUAGUUAUUAAAUAGUAGUCUUAAAGGUCAGAAUUUUAGAAGUUAAAAGCACGAACUAAAUUCUUCUUUCUGUCAAGUUCGGGAGACGAAACCGUGCGUUUGAUUGUGAUGGAAAAACGGACGUAAUAUCAUAUGACGUCGCCUGUCAAUUCUAGACUGGAGCUACUAUGGACCAAUCAAAUGGAACGCGUCAUAGUUUCGUCUUUGGUCUUCUCAGCCCCAUUGAUCGAAGAUUAGUUCUAAAUUUAAAAAUAUGAAUUUAAUAUUUUUAUGAUUAGAAUUCUAUUAUUUAUAACCCAAUUUUUUAAGCGGCUUAAUGCAUAUAGUCAUUUCAAGUUUGCCCCCAUAAUAGGGCUUAUAAAUAAAACUGAUAAUAAUUUAAUUCAUUGGCAUAUAUAAGAUCUAUUUGCUUAUUGCUUUGAAUAUAAAUAUUGUCUAUUAUCUGCAGUAAAAUUUAUUGUGAAUUUAAAAAGGACGCGACUUCUAGAAAUCUAGAUGACGUUAUCUUGCAAAAAAAGCUUUAUAGUUCAGAAAAUUUAUGUAGUGUGUUCCGCAACCAUGACAUCUUAGAUUCGAUUAUGUAAAAUCACUUUAGAGUAUCCUAAUAUACUAUAAAUAAUAAUUUUUAUGAUAUCAUAAUAUGAUGAAUUUAGAAAAUAAAUAACUGAGUUUAUGUUAUGGUC